GAGGGAAGUAGGGGGGGAAAAAAAAGAGGGUGGGAGAGGUGAGGUCUAAGUUCUGAUCUAUCUGUAUUGAGCUGGAGCUGACAGCUUUUCAGUGACAAGAGGUGUCAGAAAGAUAGGCUGAGAUUUUUUGUUUAGACAUUAAUCUGCUCUGUUUGAGACCUGUGUCAUAAGGAGCUGAGUGUGGGGAUGAAAUUCCCAAACAGAAAGGAAGUGCAAAUGUUGUCACUCAGGAGUCCUAAGAGAUGAUGAAGUAGGAAUAAGGAGCUUUUCAGUGACCUGCAAAGGAGUUGAUAUGGGGAGGAAGGGAAGUGGGAGAAAGCACAGUUGUAGAAAUGAGGAAAGGAGAAUUCUUUGAAAAGAGAAAUGCAUUUAAUUUUAGUGAAAGACAUGCGUGGGUUAUGGAGGAUAGGAGUGGUGAUGUUGCAAUAGUAAGUGGUUUCUAGAUACUUUAGUGGAAAUGUUUGCACUGCAUUACAAGGUAUAACUGAAGGGAGUCGGGGCUGGAGUCAGAGAGACAUUGCAAGUGUAGUUUGCCAUUAAACAGUUCAUAAUGAGCUCAGAGGUGAAAGGAUAGAAAAAGAAUCAGUGUAGUUAGAGAAGAAAGGGAUCAGAGGUAGGCUUCCAAACAGAGGAAAUACUGGUUGGCUGUCCAGCUGCUGUGUCAGAGCGAGAGUAGAAAGAGAAGUGGAGCAGAAAAACAGCAAAGGAAGAGUGAGGAAUAGGGUGAUGUGAGUGAGAAUUUUGACAUAUGUGUUUCAUAUCUGUGGUAUGAGGAAGAAGGGAGAGCUGUAAGGAAGGGAAGGGAAAGGGAGUGGGAAGGGGGAAUGUGAAAUGAUUAUUAUUUUUUUUCUGGCUUUCUCGUGGAAUAAAUAUUUGCAUUCUAUUGUAGAGAAAGAAAUGGAUACAAGAGAAAAGAUUUGAGGAAUGAGUCAAAAGUAGGAGGAGAAAAGGCUGAAAUUGCAGGUGUGGGUUCAGCUCAACUGGAGGAAUGGCACAGCUUAGUAAGCAGCAAGGAAAGAGGGAGAAAAUGUGCAGUAACCUCAUUUCCAGACUGGUUUCCUUUCCCACUGCAAAUUCUAGGACAGACAGGAAUAAAGCAAACGGAAUGGUAUUUAAAAUAAGCAUGGUUUCAGGGUUGAUGGAGCUGAACCUCAUCCUAGGAAGGAGAAAGCAGAACACAUCAAAGGUAGAAGCUAAAAGAACAAAAAAUUCUAGCGGUGUGAAAGAGGGUGGAGUCCAAUGUAGUGGGAAUAAUGGGAUGGGAAUAACAAGCAGUGCUGGGAGAGUAAAUUGCUGCCACUCAGAAUAUGCCGGGUCAGCCUUCGCAUCAGGUUCUCAGCUGUAAGAUUGUUGGAGUUGGCUGAGAGAGGACUAUCGGGAAUUUCUCCAUACUGACUGCGCCAUGCUUGAAUCCAUCACUUGCCUUUGAGAAAGAUCAAAGCCUUUAAGAAGAGGAAGGUUCUGGAGCAAUCAAAAGGCUGUCAGCUUUCUCCGGAAAGAGAUGAUUGUGACAACCACGACUUUGGCAGUAGAAGGCUUCUGUGCAUCACUGACCGGUUUUAUCAUGCAACGUGUUAGACGGAGAUAGAAACCAAGAAGCAAAGUACUUCUAUCUGAGCAAUUUUCUUCUUCAUGGUGUGUCGUAAGUAGUUACACAUCUACCUGAGCCAUCUCAUCAUCUCUGAGUAUCUCAGCUGGUACUAACUUGUGCUUCCUGCUUUCAGAGCACAGGCAAGACUGUAUGAUUACAUUGUCAGGGAUUGGGCCCAGGCUAACGUCAUAUUGUGCUGGGUGUAUCUUCAGAGCUCUGGUAAACAUGGGCUCUUGCUUGUCUUGCGGGGCAGAGUGAGCUUGUUGCUAUGUACUAUGGAUAGGCAUGCUUUAUGAUCCAGCACUUUUUUUUUUUUUUUUCCUGAGGAAGCAGGACUUAAUGACUUCUGAGGUGUUAACAUGGGAAUGGCUGUCAUUCCUGAUACAGGCUACUCAGUGUUUAAGAAGUUAAUCAUGGGUUUUCACACCUCUUCAGUAGGUCUAAAUACCUGUGUAAGGAAAGGAACAGGAAGAGAGUGCUAGAGGAAGAGUUGCCUGCUCCCACAUGGAGAUAUGCACUUAUUUGGCCAUUAUCCAGCUCAUGAUGAUUUCUAUCUUGUAGUGUGCAAUAUCUGCAAUCAGGUAGUCAAGCCACAGGUUUUCCAGUCGCACUGCGAAAAUAUGAGGAAUGCCUUCAAAUAAGCAUGUUUCAUGUAAAGAAGAAAGUUAAAUCAGUUGUCCUAGAAGCUGGGCUCUUCAAGUUGAAUUUGUUAUACUAAAUUAAGCUAUUAUAACAAAUCCUGUUGGUUAGAUACUAGCUAACCUAGAACUAUGAUGAUGUUACAUUGGAUUGUCUUUUAUUAAAGCAGCACAAUUGUUAGCUAGAACUUGGAUGUUGUGAUGGGUUGUUUUCUGAUGGGAUUUAUAUGUCGGUGCUUAUAGGGUUUAUUUUAUUUCUCAUAGGGCUUAAUUUUUAACAUAACUGGCAUGUUGCGUCACAUUUGUUAAGAUUCGCUUGAAAACUGUUUGAGAAACUGCAGAAAUGUGGAGAUACUUAAUUCUUAAUUAAUAUGAUAUGGUGAUCAUUUUUAUUUCUAAGUAGAACAGCUUUGGUUAGAAAAUUUUGUUAUUGAUUAACAAACUGCUAUCAAAUAUUCUCUAAAAGCUUCAUCCCAAGGUCUGGUUUAUUUAUUAUUUAUGUGGUCGUUUCUUUGUUAUUUGUCCAGUGGUUUGUUUCUGGUUUCUUGUUGUUAUAAAGGAUUGCAAAGCAUGACUGGAAUGGCUCGCUUUGCAUGAGGUUUUUGAAAUUUUUCUUCUUAAAAUUCAGUGUAACCAAACUAAUUUGAAGGUGAUUGCAAAAUAACGAAUGGUAGCUAGUGGUGGUAUCAGUGAAGUACAUCGAGAGAAGAACAAACAAACAAACAAACAAAAAAAACCACCAAGAUUUUCCUUGCCUGUGUGCAACAAAUAGGCUUCAUAAAUCCUGUGUCCCCUUCAGUCUUCUCAAUGGCAAGGCACUUCAGUAAGUGGAAAAUGUAAAAAUGUAUUUGCUUUGAAGGAGAGAUUACCAAAAUAUUACCUUGGGCUCUUAUGGAUGGACUAUUAACAGCCAAGCAGGAGCAAUUGCAUGCAUGUUGAAAAUAAAAAUGGAAUUUGUGCAUUGUACAGAGGUAUGUCAUAAACCAGAAAAUAAGUGCUGAUGAAUUCCCUGACUAAUUCUUAUCAAAAAUGCACUGCUGUAGCCUUCUGUAGUUGUGCUGGACAUGACCUUCUGGCCUGGGGAGCAGUAUGAAGUUGGGCCUGUUUUCACACAGGAGCCAUGUACAACUCUUACAAGAAGCGUAAAGUGAUGUGCUAGAUUAGUAUUUUGAACUCUUUAUCUGUCAAAAUUUGCUACAGGAUGAUAUAGUUAAAACAACCAUUCUGUGAAUACUUGUUAUAUAGAAGAGCAGAGGUGGUGGAAUUUGUUGGUAAUACGUCCUUUAAACAAUAUUGAGGAUACUGAAAGGAACUGUGGAAGGGAUAGCAUAAAACUAAGAAGCUGGGCAAAAUGUUUCUUAUAGAUGGGAGUGAAGUAAUCCAUGUUAGAAUGAACUUUCUGAGCUUACUAGAAUUGACCAAUUAACAUUUGUGUUAGUGUGUUUGUUGCCUGUGAACUGCUGAGACACUGUGAGUCACUGUCCCUUUUACCUUUUCUCCAUUAUUCUGUUAUUUAUGCAGUUCCUUUCACUUCAUUCUCACAAUCCUGUUACACUGAACAAUUGAGAGUUAAAUUAUGGAUUGCUUGAUUUAAGACCCCAAGGUUAAUAAAGACUUUUAAAUCAAAAGUCUGCAUUAAAAGAGAUUGAGAAUAUUGAAAAUAACUGACCAAAGGCUUUAGCCCUUGAAGAUUAUAUUUAAUGUACUUAAUUACUUAAUGUAGUCAGACUUAUUUCAGGAAAUGUAUACAAAAAUAUGUCCGAAAAGCCUAUAUGAGAGCUUUAAAUAUAUGCCUAUGUUUUGUUUUAAAGGUGAAACAGAAAAAGUGAUAUACUAACCGUGUAGAGAAGAAGUUUUAGAAGAGGGAAAUGUUCUUGGAGGUCUUAGUAAUUCUUGUAUAACGACAAUGAUAUUUUUAAAGCAUAUUAAUCUACUGCAAAUACUGUGUGUUGUGUAACUGACAUGCAUUGGCUAACAUACAACCAUUUUGAUAAGAAGUGGCUAAGAUCUAAAGAAUGCAUCUUGUUAAUCAGAUUUUAAUUAAUUUGGUCAUGCAGCAGUACAUCUGUAAAUUCAGUGAUACUGAAGAUCUCUGUCAGUAGACUUUGAGGUUAUUUAAGCCCUUCCUAUUCACUGUAAAACGCAUUAUUUCACAUCUUGAAAUGCAGCUUUAAUGCUGAAACAAAGGCAAUGAAAGGAGAGAGCAUUAGAAGCCACCACUGUUCUUUUGGCUCUUGAAGGCUGCAUCAUGGGGAGUCUUUAUUGCUACUGACAGGGACUGGUAGAGAUUUAUCCCAGAAUCUCCUGCAAAGUGUGGUUUGUUACUAAUAUUCCUGGUAAGACACAGUGCGUAUUCUCUCAGUAAGGAUUUGGAUCCAUGCCAGACAUGUGCUUUUUGUCUCUGAGUUCCCUGCAUUGCAACCUAAAGGUCUUGGCUUUGGAGCUUGAUUUGGAAUGCUUAAUUUAGUGAACAUUUGGGUUCUUGUAUACUUCUCUUGAGCCCAUCGUGGCAUGUGACUUUCUCCAGAGCAUUAGAAGACCCAGUGCUGCAUUUGUCUGUAAUUUCAGACAUGUGGCAGCCAUCCUUGAUGGCACUGGGAAGUUGUGAAGAUUGAAGAAGCAGAUGUUGUUGUUUAACUUUUAAGGGUUGGCUUUCUGGACUAUCAAGCAAAAGAACAGAGAAAUCUGGUUGUGGUUCUGGUUGUGGUUUUUAAAUGGGGCCGGUACGUUGUACAACCUUGGACCAGCAGAAACUAGAAAAAUAAAAUAAGAGAUCUGGCUAAUUAGAGGACUGAAUUGCUGAACUUGGGAGUCUGUAAUGAACAUAGCGUAAAGCCCAGUGUUUCGAAGUAUUAGAGCUGUCCAAACCUCUAAGAGCAAUGCUGAAUUAUUAAGAGCAAUUUCAGGUCCUUAUAACUGUGGAAUAAACAUUUGCAUUCAUUUGUAAGGAUUAAACCAUUCAUAUACAUAUGAUACAGAGAAGCAACUUUGUUCCCCCCCCCUUUUUUUUUUUCAAUGUGUGAACAUGUAUUUAUUUCUCCAGCAAGGACUUUGAAAUGAGACAUCAGCCUAGUUAGAUGGCUUGUAGCAUAUCUAAGUGUACUGGUAUGUGGAGAAUUUUAGUUUUGAGACUGUUUGUUCUCAAAUGCUGACCUCAAUGAAAAUGUAGAACAUUUGUGGGACACUGAAAGUGUAGUGCUUUACUAUCCCUGAAGCACCAUAAUGUUCCUAGCAUUUGCUUUUUGUUUGUUUGUUUUCUCCAAUAUGUGUGUUUUCUAGAAGAUUUUUAGAGUAGCAGCCUGUGCUGAGCUGCCUGACGUAUGACUUCUCUUAUCUCAAGUUCUGUGGUAGUCUGUCUGUUGCUUGUUAAGACAGGGCCUGUACCAUUUCCCAGGAGACGUUUCUCUUUUAUUUUAGCCCCAGUCAGAGCAAAGCUUCAUAUUCCUAUCCUGCAGUAUCCUUUAUUGGAACAAAAAGCGUCACAUAUGGAUCUGGUUAUUUUGUCAGAAAGGUUCCUUACUCUCAUAGACUUGUUAACUUUGGUCUUUACCUGUUGAAAAGAAAAUCUCUUACAAAAGGUAGCUUUGGGGUAGCAGAGAGCUUGUCAAAACAUCUUAGCUUCUUCUAUUAAUGUGAAAUGAAAUAAGUUAAUGAGGAGAAAGUAAAGGGGAAGAGGAGACACUGAAUUACCAAGCUAAAUAACGAUGCUUGGUUAAACAAUAACUGCACUAUAACCAUGAAAGAAAGUUUCCAAACAUACUCUGGAACAGUUGCAAGAAAUAUGGAGGGUAUUGUAAUGAAUGGAAUCAUUAAGAUCCCAAUUUGAUGAAGUAGUAGCAUAUAGAGGAGAACAAUUUUGCUUCAUCAAGGAAAAGUGGCUACAAAGAUCUCUUCCUCUGUUUAUUUCUUUAUUGGAGGUUCAUUGCUAUCUGUCCUUCCUGUUUCUAAGUUUGUUCAAUUACAGUCUUCUAAUUAAGAAGUCUUCUAAUUCUUAUUCCUUAAAAAAGAAAAAACUACCCUUGAUUUUUGUUACUUGUGUUAUAAAUCCUUGGGUUGACGUACUCACGUCCUUAUGAAAGUAGGAAAACUGUUACUUCCUUUCGAUCUUUCAGUUUGGUCAUAUAAGCACCACUGAAAAGAAACAAGCUAGAAAGUAAUGAAGUGCAGAAGAAUAUAAAUAAUUUUCCUAAGAGAAGUUAUAUAUUUUGAAUUACUCAGACUAGCUAUUCUACGUUAUUAUAUUUGUUUGUUACAAUUUCAUGAACCACAAUUAAAGAAAAGAAGGCUGAGCUUGCAGUAUGAAUAGUAAUGCUUGGCUUUUCUAACCCAAACAAGAACACUACCAGCAAGUAUUUUUGUGUGUUUGUAAGGGUUUUGUCACGGGUAUCACUGUCACAUUCACUGGAUUAUUCUUCGUUUUGAUAUGAUUUUCAAUUAUUCCUUGUCUUAUUUUUUUUUUUUAAGUACACCUGUUUGGUUUGGUUUUUUUUUUUUUAAUGGUAAUAUUUUAUCCAUUGCAUUUGACCUUUUAUCAGAGGAAGCGUUCUUGUGCCCUUCAAUGGCAAUGACAUUUUGAGUGAUUUUCAUUCUGUUGCUGUGAUUUUUUUCACAGCCUUGUCCAAACUUGUUCUGUGGUGUCUGUGUUUACCAAAUAACUUUCUAGCUCUCCCAUGGUUAGGUUUCACUACAGAAGAGAACUGAAAUAAUGAAAAUUAGCCUCAUUUCCCCCCUGCUUUUUGUUAAAUGUAGCAACAGUUGUUUAAUGUUAGCAUCUGGACUGGCAAGAAUCCAAGUAUUCUUUUUUUCUUUUUAGGGGGUAGAGGAGAGAAGGAACUGAGUAUUUUGCAUGCAUUUGUACAUUUAACUUGACUUGUGUAAUUGGCUGGGAUACACUGAUUUAUUUUUUUUCCACAACUUUCAUUUCUGUUACUUGAAAUUGGAAACUCCUUGUAGCUGAAAGCAUACAAAAAUUCUCUUUAGCUUUACAGUCUAUCAGAAAUCUUGUUCUCCGGACCAAAUUGCAGCCAAUGGCAUAACUCUCCGUUUCCUGUCUGGGGUGGAAAUUUUAGCCAUAGUGCCUGCAGCGGUGCGUGCCGGUGAUGUAGGUCAGUUCUUUGUCCUUCAGAGCUCUGUGGGUCCAAUGUGGCAGUGAUCUCUGUGAAACUGAGGCCAUAAGACAUCUUCUGCACCAUUCCCGUAGAACUUAAAUAGUAGUACUGUGUUGUAUGGACAAUCCAGGUAGGGUGAAUGCUACCCUUGCAAAGGCAAAACUAAAAGAGCUAUUUUGAAUUCAUCUUUUUCCUAGGUAUUCUUAGAGUGCUGUAUUUUUAGACUGUCAGAGCGAUACUUGGGAUUCUGAAUAGGUACAGAAAUGCCAAUUCUGUCUCGGAGAGAGCAGCUCUGUAUCCUGACUGCUGAUAGACCCUGUCCGGAUUCAGAAAAGUGUUUAGAUAUGUAAAAGGUAAAUGGAAAUUUAAAGACUUAAGAAUUUUUAUUCAUUGGUUCAUUUGAAUUCUUAGCUGCUUGUAUGCAUGAGACUGUUGGUCACCCCGAUAUUGGCUGUUGUACUCAUUCGGAACAGCUUGGGGUUUGGUUUUUUUGGGGAUAUGCCCUAGAGAGAGCUUAGUGAAAGAUACAUUGGCAAGGCUAUGUUCAUUCAAGAAAAAGAAAACAAAACAAAAUUCUACCUUCUCUGAGACAAUUUGGCCAGGAAGCAAGGUAUGUGGAUUUAGUAGACUUACCUCCUAGUUUCUAUUCUCCCAUCUUCCACCUCCUAGGAGAGGAGAAUGCUGUAACCAUCAGACACACUAUAAACCACAAUGAAGCAAUGCUUUUUGCAUUGGGGGUAUAUCAGACACAGUGAAUCUGAAUGUAGAGAUCAACAUCCAGAUCUGAGGGACAGAAUGUGGCAGAGACUGGAAGAAGUGCAGCUGAUAUUCAGAGCAGCAGCAGCGUGGUGUGUCUUCGCCUUGUAGGUCACUGAGAUCACCUUAAGGCUGGAAGGAGUUUGUUUUCUUUUCUCUGUCUAGCAAGUGAAUUCAAGUCAGAGCUGCGUUCAGACUUGCUGACCUGAUUGCUUAGAAGCAAAUAAUGCAGUAUUUUAUAGGUUUGGGUUUUUUUUUUUAUUUUCUACUAUAAUCCCACUGCUUAUACUGCUUUCUUGUUUAUUGUUUUUAGUUAAUGUUCACAGAGCUUAAAACAAAGAAGGUCAGAUAUAGAGGAGAGAUAGAAGAUCAGUGAGUAGUGUAAAUGGAAAGCAUGCAACUGCUGAUAGAAAACUGCAUUUCAAAAAUUCACCCUUGCAACCUAUAUGGGUGGGGGGUUGGCCUCUUCUCCCACCUAAGUAGCAACAGGACAGGAGGGAAUGACCUGAAGUUGCAUUAGGGGAGGUUGAGGUCGGCCGUUAGGAAACAUUUCUUCUCUGAGUGGUCAGGCUGGCACAGGCUGCCCAAGGAGGUGGUGGAGUCACCAUCCCUGGAGGUGUUCAAGAAACAUUUAAAUGUUGUACUGAGAGACAUGGGUUAGUGGGGAAAUAUUGGUGGUAGGUGGAGAGUUGGAGUCGAUGAUCUUGGAGGUCUUUACCAACCUUGGUGAUUCUGUGAUUCUGCAUGCCAAAAACUGAAAAUUUCUUGAUUUGACAAAUACUUCUAAUGAGAAAGCAGGAACAUUUUGGCAGUGCUGAACCCUCAAUGGACUGUACAUUGGAGAGCGUAUAUGAAAGAAGACAACAUUCAACAGUGAACAGAAUGCUAUUCAUGUGAGCAGUUUCUAUUCAGCACAGUGACCUUCCCCCCCCCCCACCCUUCACCUAUUUCUGGAUCUACAUAUGAAAUUAAAAAGUCUGAAACUAAAACAAUUAUGUGUUUUCCACAACUUACUCUAUCGAGUUUUGGUUUUACAGUGUCUUGAUUGUGCUGUAACUUUACAAUCUUAAAUAAUUCUACAGAGGAAGUAGAUUGUCAGAGUAAUAAUGGCACUGGGCUUCUAAAUACACUGAAGGUGUAUUGUUCAUAUUUACACCUAGAAUAAUUUAUAGUGAGAGAAAUUCUCUUUUUCAUAAUGUAAUCAUUGGUAAUAUUUCAUUAGUGAACCCUUAUGUAUUUUUUUAAACUGCAGGUAAAUUGUGUUAAAUGAUGCAGUACAUACUUAAACUGGAGGGUGUUGUCAUGGCAUUGAUGGAGAUGCAUAUCGCUUGUAAUUUCUUUCGGUCGAGAUUUUAAUAGAGAUGUAGUUUUAAAUAGUAACCAAUGAGGAUUUCUUUUAAGGAGCGUCCAUUUAUAGAACUCAGCUGUUGAAGGUUGACUGUAGCAUUAGGCUUAAGUUUAAUCUCCUACAUACUAUAAUUUACAGGGCUGAGUUUAGUGCCUUGUUCUCCCAACUGAUGCACUUGUGGAGGGGUGGGGGUGUGAUAGUGAGGGAGAUGGGAAAGGUACAGGGAAAAUGUGCAGUCAGAGCCUGUAAAAACCUGCCAGAAUUAAAAGCAGAGCUAUUUGGGCUGAAGUUUUCCAUAGUAUGUUUUUCCCAGGCUAAAGAAAGUGGAUGUCUUCCAUCUUAGAGAAGGAAUGUGUUGGUGGUGUUUGUUUCUCUUAAUGCAAAAAAUCAACCAGACUCCACAGUCCUGUUCCUAGGUGAAGUUCAAAUUAAGAGCUUUUUGAAUUCACUGUUCAGAAGUGUUUUGGUGAGCUAAACUUAAGCAAGAAUAAGUCUAUUUUAUAUCACAUGAUGUUGCACUGUUCUGAAGGUACAUUUGAUAUGGAAUCUGGGUUUGCCAAAGGCCCAGACAGAAAGUCAUUGCUUCUUCAGCGUAUUCCAAAGUCUGGAGAGCAAGGCUCCUCUCUGUUGUUCUCUGUUGAUCCAGCCCAAGAUCAGACAAGGAAGAUGUGGUGGGUUUAUUUGGGUGGGGUUGUUUUUGAAAGUUGAUGCAUUCAGAUGUGUUUUUGUGUUACAGAAGGUAAUUAGCAUCUGGAUUAGUCACAACCCAGUGGUGUUCCAUUUCAGUUCUGUAGAAGUUUUGUCUGUGUAGAAGCCUGCCCAAUGACAAUGAUUUCUAGCAGUUCUCUGACCAUUUUCGGUCCAGUUAGUUUUCCAACUGUUACAUGCAAUUUCUCAUAUACUAACAUUAGAAAUUUCUUGCAAAGCAGGCUCUAGGCCUGGCAGUGCAGGCCCUCAUGGCUGCCCAGGUCAGGCUGCCUCAGUUCGUCCCAUUUUAACCAGCACGUUAUACUGUAAAACUGUGGUACCUGACUAGUGCCACAUCUAUUCAAAACAUUCUGUUUGCAUGCAUAAAACACUGUACUUAAAAUUCUCAUCAUUUCAGCUAUAACUGAAGCUCUUCUGAGUGUUUCCCAUUUCCCAGUCCUGUAGUGAUUCAUGUAAUUAUCUUAACAGUUUAAUGCUAUUCUAUUUAACUAGUGGUAUUAGUGUAAUAAUUGUCAUAUUAAAAUCUAAAAAUAUUGAAUUAGACAUUCUAAAAUAUAUUUUGUCAUUACAGAUAUAAGUUCUAAAAUAAAAAUGCUGCAUUUAUCUGGAUAGAGUAAUGAAUCAGAUUUUACUGGACGUAAUAAGAACUAAUAAAAGUACAUUAGGCAAACAAUGAAGGGCAAUUUAUUCACCUCACUAGAUGCAUAUUUUGAUUAGAAUUUAAUUUCAAAUGCCUGAUUUAGCUUCCUGCACCAAAAUCUACCAAUUGUUAAGAAACAUACAUAAAAGUUAGGAAAUUUGCCUCACUAGCUAUUUAUGUUUGUUAGACUACUGAUGCUGCUAAUGGGAAACAUUUUGUUUGACUAGAGUUAUGGGAAAUGACAGACUUCUUUUUCUUCUUUUUUUAGGACAGGCUUCCUGUUUCUGAGAAAAUAAUCUUUUAUCAUGCUUAGUGUCCGCUCCGUAUCUAGUGAAGUAUAACUAAUACCAUACAUAAAAUACCAACCAUUGCAUAUGAGAAGUAUGUUUAAGACUAGUGUUAAUCUACCAUUAUUUUGUACUGCUGCUUCCAUUUUAUUCCCAGUGAAUAAAUAAUGUGUUGUACAGAGUUAUUCUUUUCAUGAGUACAUCGUCAGUGUUGUGGAUUACUAAUUAUGCAAAUAGAAAAUUUUAUUUUAAUAUUGUUUUAGAAGCUUGAGAUUGCUGACUGAAAACUGCUUAUUUUUUUAAUUCAGUCUGUUAGGAGAAGGAUUGGCUGGGAAGAGUCUCAUUUUUCCUUUUACCUCAAAAUACUGAAGCAGGAAUAGAUCUGUGCAAGCUGAAAUGUGGGCCAGUAACUGGCCAGCAAUACUGAAGAGUUCUGUGUAGAUUAUACUUGUUCAGAUUGAUUUAGUUUGUGCUUGGUGAUCAGACUAUGAAAGAUGCAGUCUGGUAUAUCCUUGCAUGUUCUUGAAGCUUUCUCACCCUGGCAGUACCACUGUGUAUGCUCGGAUGAGUCUGAAGACAAACACAUCUCGUUCUGUGACUUUGGGUCACUAAAAGCUGUAAGGUGACUGUAAAAAUGGUGCUCUUGAAGUUGGUUAGGACAACAAAGAAUUAGUUUGCUGUUUAAGUAAACCUUUUUGUUACUGUCUAAUGCCAGAUGCAUUCAGUAGGAAUGCUGAAAUGAGCAGUAAAGCUUUUCAGCAGUUUUGCCUGGGCAGGAAAGGUGUGGUGGGACACUUAAAUCUGCAGAGAGCAGGACAGUGUGUUUUCAAUCCUAGGGUUGUGGGGUUUUUUUGUUCUCCAUUAACUAAAAACUGGUAUGAAGCCAUUACAGCCUCAAUGCAGGAAAUUAGCUGCAAUACAAGAGAAGAUUGUACUCAAAUGAAAAUAAUUCUGCGCGUGUUCAACACCUGCAGUUCUAUAUCAGCGUAGAUCAUUUGGGUCUAAAUCACUGCAUAACAGGGCAGGCUUUUGUUGGGUAGCCUGGCACACAGCAUACUUUUCCAUUAGGUGAAAAUGCAGCAGAAGGUCUGUAGCAAAAAGAAAAAAAAAAAAAUUGAACUUUGAGAAGAAAGGUCUGGUGUCUGUCAUUGGGCUACUGAACAGUCUGGUUGACCCAUUGCUUUUUGAACUUAAUGGAAAUUUAACAGCUACGGUCCUGCAAGAGGAUUCUCAAAACACAGCUGUAGACAGUGUGAAGAAAUAGCUCUCCUUUUGUUUUGAACCUGCUGCCCAUCAGCAGUCACUUCCUGUCCACCUUCAUUAUAAAUGUGUAUCAUAACCCUGCUCUGUCAUCGCUUUUCUAGUUUGACAAGUCCACAUCUGUUUAAUUGUCACUCUGGUAGAGACUGUCCGUGUCCUUGCCACGUCUUUGUAUCUGACUCAGCCCUCCUAAACCAUUUUUGAAAGGAGGGAAGCAGUGGUAUCACAUGCCAUAUUUCUUCACUAACAUUUGACCACUACAGAACACUGAGAUGAUAAUUACAAGACCGGUAUCUCAUUACUCUGUAAUAAUAAAGAGACCAUCAUUUUGUAUAUAAAAUUAAGAAUUUUUUCUUCCAUGUCUUCCAUUUUUUUCUGCCAUGACACUUCACAUUUCUCUACAUUGGACUUCUUUUACUAUUUCAUUACACCAUUCAGCAGCAUUAGGUCUUUCUGCAAUCUGCUGGUUUUUAUCUUUCGUUCUCUGAGUAAUUAUAUACUGAAGAUCUUGUUCUCUGGCUAACUGCCUUCUUUUUUUGAACUGCUUCUGAGUAUGUUGGAUAGUUCUGGCCCUAAUGCAGACCCUUGCUGCGUGCCCCUGGUGAAACUCUUCAAGAAAACCAACCAUCUUCACCUCUUCUUGCCUAGUAGGUAUUUAGCUAGCCUUCAUGGGAUGGGGCUGGAGUCCUCCUUCCCCUUCCUUGGCAGCUACCUUUCCUCUAAGAAACAUGAAUACAGUUUCAUUUCACUUGGAAAUUUAAGUAGACAGCAUUUAGUGGAUUUCUCAUGUCCGCACGUUCAUUUAUGCCUUUCAGAAUAUUUGUGACUCAUAACUACAUUGACGUUUUCCCAGUAUAUCAUAAUACGUUUACUAAUUUGGUUCCUUCGUAUAUGGUUUCUACCACCCUGACCUGGGUACAUUUCAGACUUGCUGCUGUUCAUUUAUCUGUGCUCUCCCAAAGGUGGAUGUUAUCUUCUGAACUUUGAUACAAGAGGCUUUUUAGUGAGAGGCUUUGCUUGCAGGUUGGAAGCUCAAUAAAUGUGUUUGCGAGUUCUGGGAGCUCCUGGACAAAUGGAAUUGGUUUGUGCUUGCCAGCCUGCUUUGCAGCCACUCUGUCAGUCCUUUAGUUAAAGAUGAAAUCUCAGCAUUACUGUUGUAUUCCAUAAAACAACCCCAAACCUUCUGAGCCAUCAAAGUCUUUUGUCAGGGCUAGAAAACAAGCAAAUUCUAUUUUUGUGUGUAUUUGUGCAUGCGUACAUUUCUGUGUGGAUAUUUAUAUAUUAACUGUUAAAGCUGUUGCACUCUGACUGCAACAGUAGCCUUAAUUCUGGAAUAACUACUAGGGAGCAAUUUAUUAUCACUGCCUGCAUAAAUGAGAUGGAAAAAAUGGAGCUUGCUGAAGAAGAAAACGGAGGUCUUUCAUGUGAAGGAAGUGGCUUGAAUGUAACUAAUUUUCCUCUCCUUUCAUGAGAAUUUCAUGCUGGUAGAGGCAAAGUGUUCCAUUUGGCCUGAGCUGAAAUCUCUUUUACAAGACUGAAGUAAAAACAGAGGAAAUGAAGGGAAUAGGUUUACAAAAUGAUUUGUGUCCUGGUACCCACUAGUUUGGAGAUCGGUACAGUUAUGUGUGAUGUGGGACAUCCAAUUUACCCUUUUUGUCCCAAAUCUGAGGGGGUCUUAGAGAAAAAUAAAGCCAGUUACAGAAUCCUCAGAGAACUAUAAAUGGAUACUUGGAAAAAAGAAUCUAUAGUAGUAUCAACUCUGUAUUAUUGGAUCAGUGGUAACCACUGCCAUGUCCUGAAUAUAAAGUAACUUUGAGGACAAUCAGGAUGCUCAGACAGCAGUUAUCAGUGUUGGGUUGGUUGACAAAGACUCACCAUUCCCUUAUGGUUCAUUCUGUGUCAUUGCAGCGCAGCUGAUGUCCAGUCAGCCUGUUGGGUGGAGAUCCACGGCCUAUUAUAUACAUGCACUGAGUUAAAUAUUCUCUUGCACAUGACACGAUAAUACCCCACUUGUCCAGUAAUAUUUGUCCUAUCAGGGUCAGGUGGGUUUUUUUUUUGCCAAAAGGCAAAAAAAGAAUAAUAAUAAUAAUAAAUAAUAAUUUAAAAAGAAUUUUUUUUUUUUUAAGUGAAAAGCAGAGGAAGGGCAUACACAAGAAUGUAACACACAGCCCCAUUGGCACAGUCACAUUUCCUCACUUGGACUUCGGUAAGUGGUGAAAACUUCACCUAGGGUCUGCCUGUCAGACCUGGGAAGAUGUGGAAUAUUUUUGGUUUCCUUCUCUUCCUUGGCCCGUGUCCCUGCUACUUCAGUCAGCCUUACCUGGCCUGUUGGAACCAGUCAGAUCAAAACCAGCCUGUCUGUAAUUGGGAAAGGGUGAGAAUGAGAGGUCAACAAAAAUACUGAAGUGGGGAACGUACUUAGCAGAGCUUUUUGCUCUGUUUUGUUUUGUUUCCUUCCUUAAGGAAACUAGGCAGAGAGGUCCCUUGGGAUGUUCUUUGUAUCCAGUCUAUGUUGUGUUGACUUCUUCACUUGUAUCCAACAUCAUUUUCACAACAUUAAGAAAGAAAUUCAGAAAUACUAGCCUGCAAUGUCUCACACACAUUAUAGUUUUGAGAUCACUGCAGUAUCUAAGUAUCAUUCCCCAAUUAAGGAGUUCUUGGAAACAGAUGAAAGCUUCAGAAAACUUUUAUCUUGCAGCUGACAUGGGCCAAGCAAUGAUCUGCCUGUGCACGAUCUGCAGCCAUUCCUCCUCGCCACAGAGUGGGUCGGGAUUGUCAGAACCCUCAUAGCAAACCGCUGUGGGCAGGCAGGAGCAGACAGAGCUGAGUUGUUACUCAUGCCCUCUUUUAAGGAUGCCUGGUUGUUGUGAUCCCAUGAGCGACCGUUUCAUUCUUCCUAUGAUGAAAAGUCAAAAGGUGAAGGCAGAUUUUGGAAGUGCGGGCAGUGAGGUGAAAUGCCUUCCUUCCACGCAUUUCUGAAGCCUGUGCCACCAAAACCUGGCAAGGUUGGCGUCAGUCUCUUCUGCUCUUCCAUCCACAGACAGAGAUUCAAGUUACUCAGUAGCCCACGUGCUAAGACUCCUUUAUUUCCAGUUGCUUAUCACAUGAUGCAGUUAUGUGAAGAAACGACAAAGUUGUUACCAGCAUUUACACCAGAAGCAAUGUUUAAGCAGACAGCUUGUUUUGUCUUUGUGUUUUGAACUCACAGUCUGGAUGUGGCAAUUCUAGCUAGAUAGUAUCAGGUAAAAUGAAGUUCAAAUAACAGAUAACUUGAGAAUAAAGCAUAAUGGUUUCAUGAGAGCUACAGAAACAAAUAUAUUCCACUCCACACUUCACACAUUCAGCUUGCUAAAUGCAAGGCUUCGCUACAGCCAUCAGCUAUUCACUGAGUAUUGUAUGCCUCUUCAUUUUCAUUUCAGUUCAGUUCCCGGGGUUUGGUUCCAUAGUUCCAUUUUAUAAAACAAAUCUUUCCAGUUCUUAAACUGAAUCUUAGUUUAAUGUCACUUCAGUAGAAUUGCCUUGCAUCUUGUUUUUGUUUCAUAAAGUUUGACAUUUAAUGUAGGAUUAGAUUGAUUUUAUUUCAUUUUUUUCUAGACACAUACAUCACAAAAGAGAAAACACAAUGCAAGUAUUUUAUUUCAUCUUAAAGGAAAGUUAGAGUAUCUAUUGGAAAGUCAUGUUUAAUGACAAAAGGGAUAUACAUACAACAGCUACAUCUCUGAAGUCAGAAUUGCACAAUAUCAGUUGAAAAGCGAGUAUAACAGGUGACACUUUUGCCUGUUGAUGACUGAACAAAACUGUCAUCCCUGCUGCUUCGUUGUAUCACACCUUUCUUUUGCCAAUUUCCCUUCUCAGCUUCAGCAAAUACCAAAUAUACUUCACUCCAGUCUUCCCCAACAUGAUUUUGAGGAGUCCACCACUACAUAUCUCGUUUCAUUUUGUUUUCCAGUUUAUGAGAAAAUCUGUUUGAAAAUGCACCAUAGCCUCGUUUUAGAUUAAUUAACAUAAUCAUCUGAAUCUUUCUUAUGUGUCUGUGUUAACACUCAGCUAACUGAAGGUCUCACUUGGGCUUUCGGUGUCUGUAAAGGGAGUUGCUCCAUAGCAAAGCUUUGCUUAACUCCAUUUUGUAAAGCACAUUUAUGGAGUUACGUGAGAUGCAAAGGUAGCUUUUUCUUUUAUGGUAGAUUUUAGAGCCGUAAUUUUGCAUUCUGCAAAAUGCUAUACAACUUCUGCUCACAAAAAAAAGAAUAAAGAAAAGCUCACAUUCAGUUAAGUCAUGCAUAUAAGUUAUAGGGUAUUUCAUCACAAAUGAUCUUAGUGGGCAGCCCAGGCAGCAAAAAGCUGGAUGUCUCAUUCAGAUGUACCUUCUCUAAAGCUGGAUGUACGUAAUUCCAGUAUGGUGUGUUUAAUGCACGCAUGCCUGUGCUGCUUGUGGUGUUGGUGAUGGUGCUGCUGCCAGCAGCAUGCGCAGAAGGAAGCAUGGAGUUGUGACAGAGGAAGGGCUCGCAGCCUUGCUUCACUCGCAGAGGAAGCUGCUCACUGCUGGCAUUUGUAUUGCAGUUCAUGCUGGGUUUUUAAGGCAGUAUUUCUCCCUGCCUGGGCCUGUUUCUUUUUGUCUUUUCCUUCUUUUGUUAUGCUGGAAUUCUUAGUGCAUUUCACAUAAUGCACGUAACACGUUUACGCAGUGCAUUUCAGUGGAUGAGACAGCAGCAGCGCUGCCUUAUGCUGGUUAUGCCUGUUAAGCUUUGCUGUUCUUGUUUAUAUCAUAUGAUUUUCUUUAAAGCUCAAUUUCAGCUGCACCGCACUGAUCAGUCACCAGCUGGUCUUUACAGUGUUCCAAUUACCUGGUAGUUUGGAAGAGGUCUGUUUUUCCUUAAGUAAUGGCCAUCCCAUAGAUCCCAUGAUCUAACGCCCUCCAGGCUGAAGGAGGACCACGGGUACACUGCAGGCAUGCUGUGCACAGCUGGCUCCCUUGGGAUGCCUUCAGUCAGCGAGGUUUGGUUUGGUUUGGGAGAAAUGGUUUUAGGAUCUGAGUCUGAAAGUGUUCUGUCAAGAACUUCACUCAGGUUUCCUAAGUGCUGACAAAGCUGAGUGGCUGCAGCACUAAGCCAGCACCACUCCUAUCCUGCCCAGGGGCUGGAGCCUGCUCAGCUUCAUGGGGGUGGUGCUGUAGCAACACCCUGAGACUGCAGCACGUGUUACGUUUCUGGUUUGCGUCACUGAAAGGUGGGAUUCUUCAGGAACUUGUGAAGCAUCGUGUAUUUUGGUUGUUUAGGAAAUAAAGUGCACCUUAUUACAAAAACUAAACUCUGCUUUUCGCUAGGAGCAAUACAUUUAAUUGAGAUCAUCUAGAAAUAUGCAUAAGAAGUGUUGCCGGAUGAACCUGUGGUAAUUAAUAACUUGUUUAAUUGGAAGAAUUACAGUACUGAUUAUUGUAUAUAGAACCAUGCUAUGGCUUAAAAUACCUUUUUUUUUUUUUUUCUGUAGAUUGCUCUGUCCAAUGGAAGAAUGUUGAAAUACCAAGUAUCAGUACUAUUGCAAAAAAUAAGACUAUUUAUCGUGUGGGCUUUCCACACACCAUCACACAGUGCAGGUGUGGAAAUGCAGGCUUACCUGUGCUGAGGUGGGAUGUGUCAACACCCGUACGUGAGGAAGUCAUUCAGUACUUGCUUUAAAUGAGUGAAGGCAAAGGGGAUUCUCAUCUAAUUGCACUGAUGCUCGCCCUACAAGAGGAAGGGGUGAGCUGCUGAUCUCUUCCACUGCCUCUCAUGUUCAGCAGAGGUAGAAGUGUGCCCAUUCCACCUCCAGAGCGAACGUUUCCUGGCAGAGGCCUGGCGGGCUGUGUGGGGCCAUGCAGGCCCUGAGCCGCCCCUCUGCUCAGCUCUGACUUCUGUGGUGAUCUCUGCUGGGAGGUGAUUCUUUCAGAGCUGUUGCUCAGCGUUCUUUUUUUUUUCUUUUGAGAUAAUUUUGUACUGUGUCACUGCAGCAGUGCCUUCCUGUAAACAGGGACCAGACCUCAGGCACUGCAGGGAAAGCAGUUGUGAAUAGAAUGAGAAGAUACCUUACAAUUAAAUCACUAUUUCCUUUAAUUGAGCGUCAAAACUCUUUGACUUCUGCCAUUCAAACAGAUAUUCCAUUCAUGUGUUGGGGAAACGUUUGGAGGCAUAUGCAGGAUUGUACUUCUCCCGGGGUUAUUUUUCUUGGAACUUAAUGUCGUUAACUUCCAGCAAUGUCUGCAGCUGGCUGCCUAAUAAAAAUAUCUUGCAUUCCUAGAAACAGUAGAAAUUGUACGGAUGACCAGAAUGACCAAACAAUUUUAAAAUGCAACCCACAUGGUUACAUUAAAAUGUGUUUUGUUUUACUCAGUAUGAAUCUAAACUAAAAGAUUAGCUGCAGCGAUGUCUAGCAGUGAUCUUCUUUAUGGGGAUCAUCCAUCCACAGAAAAGUUCUCCAAGUACUGUAGCAGUUCACUUUUGUCACUUUGGGUGCAUUCCAUCUUAUUUCAAAGCUACUGAAGGCAUCCUGAUUUCUGUUGCUUUAGUGAUCUGGCCUUCCUUCUUGUGUAGAAUACUCAUGUAGGGUUGAAAGAAAUAAAAUACUGAUGUUCUUGUGGUACAAAUGAAUUUUCACACCUAACAGUGUUGCACUGUCUUUCAUACUCUUUUUUUUAUUAUUAUUAUUUAUUUUGCAAUGCCAGAUUCUUAGUUUAAAGUAGUAAAACUUUGCUCUUUGUAGAACUUCAGUUUAAGGCAGUGACAAUGUGUUGAACCUAGAACUGAAUGAAAGGCAUGGCUUUUAGUUAGCAAAGAGAACAAAUGGUGCACUGACGUAUUUCUAAUUCAUCUCCUAUUUGAGGACGCAAAUUAAAAAUGUAAAACGUUUUGUUGUUUUAAGUUAAGAUUUGGGAGAAUUUUCAGUGGCAGGGCUGGAUUUUUUUUUGUCAUGAAGCAGCUGAGUGUCACAAGCAAGGUACUAAUAGUGUGACAGCACCGAGUCGCAAGUCUGGCAAAGCGCGCUGGGUGCAGAAGCGCUGUAGCAAAUGGCUGUUAGGUGGCUGUCCCCGGGCGCGCCGAGUCGCCCACGAAGCAGGUCUGCUGUACAAAGCUCUGCAGCAAUCGUUUGUUCCAGGGCGUCGUUCUUGAAAAUGAAGAAGGCUGUUUCUUAUUGAUGUAUAUAGGUAGUGAACAAAGAGCUUGUCUCCUUUUGUGACCAGUUCUUUACAGACUCCUGAUUAUGUUUCUGAAAAUAGUCUAUGAAGAGGUACCCAUUCUUACCACAUUUACUGCAUCCUCUUUACUGGGUGAAGCUGUGACGAAGAGUGCAGGGUGAGCUGCAGCCAGCAGCGUGGUGCAGAGUAUCAGAGGUAGAAACCAGACUGUCAAACCUCAUCAUCUCUCCAGGAUGCUUUUUCUGUCGGUGAUGUCGGCGCGGCUGUGACUGGGCCAGGCUGUGUCUUGCUGGGCACCUGAUGGGGCUCAAAUCGCCCUGUGGCAUGCUGUGCAGAGGGACAGCACCCGCUCUGCUCAUCUCACCUGUCUGUCCCUGCUCACAUCUCCAUCUUCCUUGCCCAUAGUGCUUCUGCAGCUCACCUCACCUUUAGGGAGACUAUUCAACUCCCUAUCAAAAAUAGGAGAAAACUAUGCACUUGGAUUUGGUGUUCAUGUUGGGGGUUUUUUUUGUUUGGGUUUUUUCUUUGGUGGCUUCACACCUUUCCUCCUUUCAUUUGUUAGUUUUCAGCUGAUUUAGCAAGCAAAGCUGGUGAAUACCAGAGGCAGUGCAAAGAAAAAGGGAGAGUACGUGGUCCAGUGGGAACAGCAGCAACAAUUAUUAAAUCAGCUUGGCCUGUCUUAUGUAAACUACAAUUGUAAAAGCAUAACUUUUGGAAAGGACGCCUUUCCUUGAAGAUGAAAGAUUUGCUGUUUGCAUUAACCUAGAAGUGGUGUUUUUCUGGGCUAUACCAGUUCAGAUUUGAGUAUUGUUGUGGUAGUUGGUAUGUACGGAUUGAUGGUAUCUCCAGGUAUUAGUGGCAGUGUGAUACUUCCCCCUGAAAGGUGUGCUCAUCUCUAACAGGAAUUCAGAGCCCCAAAGGGAUGUGCUAAGGAGAAAGCUUUAAUGUAUGGAGUCAUUUAAUGUUAAUGUUAUCAAAAACCACAGAAAAUUGACAGGGGAUGACUGCACAACUAAAAUUCCAUAUCCGUUGACUGAAUAGGAUUAAAGUAAAAGUUGUAAAUCGUAGAAAAUGAGACUCAGAAGAAAACAAAAGUGGUGAGGUUUGCCAGACUGCAUAUGCAGAAUAUUGGCUUCUGCAGCACUGCAUUCAGAAGGGAAGAGGUAGAAGACUGAAUUGGAGACUCUGCAAAUACUUCUUGAACUUACCUAGGGAUGGCUUUUACUGUAUGUUAUCUGUGUUUAGUGCAGUGGCACUGUUACAGUUUCUUAAAGGCUAGAGAUCAGAACAAAAUAGGUAAGGAACUUUCUAUGUUUUAAACAUUUUUACUGUUUUUAUAAUCUUAGGAUUUUCUAUUAUUAAUUCUGUGAGUGGAAAAUACACCUGGAAGGCUGAUAGCGGUACGUGCAGCCUAAAAACAGUGGAAAAAAAUGGUGUGUAAUUCAGGAGUAAAGAAAGGUAGGAAUAAUACCUGCAUUUCUCCCGUGCAUCCAGGUGACCUGUAAGAUACAUUUUCUAAUUGUACUUCUGUACAUAAAAGAAGUACAAGUAUGCUUCUGUAUGUUUCGAUAAAUACACUCUGGUCUAUUUUCUGCAUACCCACCACAAGCAAUUAAAUACCAGUUUGACAGUUUGAGUCGACUUUUUUGCGACUUAGAAUAUAUUUUUGCAAUACUGUCAAAAUGUGUACAUCCAUACACGAAAACAGUGGUGUGAAUAUACAUUAAAUUGCUAGUUCUAAUGCAGUACUAAGAGGCUGGCUGAAACAAAGCCGUUAUUAGUAGUUCCAAUUAAGUCAGCAAGAGAUCCCAAUAUUACCCGGGAUUCUGGAAUCUCUAAAAAGAAAAGAAAUGCAACUUUGGGGUGCUCAUGAACAUUAUAUAGCAUUGCACAGGUGAAGCAACAAAGAUCACUGAAUCACAGAAUCACAGGGGUUGGAAGAGACCUCAGGAGAUCAUUGAGUCCAACCUCCUGCUAAAGUAGGGCCCUUACAGUAGGUCGCACAGGUAGGUGUCCCAACAGGUCUUGAACAUCUCCAUAGAAGGAGACUCCACAACCUGUCUGGACAACCUGUUCCAGUGCUCUGUCACCUUUACCAUGAAGAAGUUCUUCUGCGUGUUUGAAUGGAACUUGCUAUGUUAAGUUUUAGGUCACUGCUCCUUGUCCUGUUGCUACACACCACUGAGAAAAGCCUGGCCUCAUGCAUUUGCUUCCCACCUCCCUUUAGAUAACUACAACCAUUAACCAGAUCCCCCCUCAGUCUUCCUUUCCUCAGACUAAACAGACCCAGGUUACUCAUCCUUUCGUGAUGCUCUUGUUUCCUCUAACUUGGUUAACAUUUGAGACUUUUCCCAUCUAACGCAUUAAGGAAGCAAUGUGCAUACAAGGAAACUUAGGAAAGCACUACAUUGUCCAGCAGCAUCGCCGCCACAAGAAACACUAUUUCUGUGUAUUUUUACUUGUGCCUUCAUUCUUUAUGUAUCGUUUAACAUGAAUCUUUUUAAAAACAUUCAGAAGCUUUCAGGGUGCUAGCACAGUAGAAAGGGUUGUACAAGAGGAGCGCGGAAGGGUUUGUUGUUUCUGAGCAUGCACAAAGAACUGCAGAUUUGAGCGUUGGAGGAGCGUUAUUCCUCUUUGGGUUAGCUUCAUCUGUUACUCUAGAUGCAUGUAAGUGUUAUUCCACACCCAGAGUGGUACUGCUGAGCUCCAUGGCACUUGCGAGGUGCCCAAGUGUUGAGAUCAUCGUUUGUAAGUAACUGAGAGCAAAGUCUGGUUUUUAUGUGAUUGUACAGAAUUAAGUGUAGCUAUGUUUUGGGAAGACAAUGUGAUCGUCUCUUGUUAUUUCAGCUUGCUUAGACAAUUUAGGUUGGAAGUUGUACAGCAAGAAAUCCUUGUUCAGCUCAAAAUGGGGGGGAAAAAAUGCUUUUAAUUUUGUUGUUAUGGUGUUUCAUUUUUAAGAAAAGAAACUUAUCUCUAAAGACCCCCUCUGGACUACGGCCAAGAAGGAGAAACACAGUAAAAAGGAACUUUCUUAGGAAAGCAGAGACAGUAGGCUGUCUUUUCUUUUGCUGUUAAAGUACUUGAAGCUAUUUUAAAAAUAUCCCUUGAAUUCCUCUAGAAUGCCAGGCCUUUCUGGAGGAGCAGCUCUGAAAAUUUGGGACUGCUGAGGCAUCAGCCUGAUCUGUAAGAUAACGUGAGCAUAACUGAAUGUCUGUCAAGCAGCACUUGCUAGUCAAGGAUUUGUACUUUUUCUCAGUACAGUAACAGUUGUUUGAUUUGUUUAUGAUGUAUCAGGAGUGUUUUAUAGGCUGCAAACAUAGCUUUGGUAGAGCGCCUGUCCGAAAACGGAUGAGAUGGUUGAUGUGGUGGAGUUGUCGAGUCGGGACACUGGGAAUUCAUAGAAAUCUGUUCCCUGCUAAAUAUGGUUUAGAUUGGUGACAGUUUUUUCCAGGAGCCUGCGCACAUGAUCGGCUAGAGCUUUAGGGAUUUGUCUGAGAUGAUCUCUGCAGAUAAAAUCAGCGGAAUUUUGGCUUUCCCCAAUGUUCUGACCUACACUGCUCUGAGCUCCUCUUCCCUCCACCGGUGCAGAAAUAUCCAUGGCCCUGAAACAUUUGAAAGUGGGCUUCAGAGUGAGAUUAAUACGUCAUUACAGAAAGCCUUCUUGAAACAGUUAAUACAGCUGCUGCUCAGAUAUAUGAGCUGGUAUUUCAAUUCUGUGUUGGGUUUAUUUUUUUGCCUGAAGUCAGCUCUGUUGUUUUUGCCAGUGCUGGGUUGCUGAAGCUGUAGCCUUGUUUCUAGGUGGAAAAAAAAAAAAAAAAAAAAAAGAAGCCUGCCUGUUGACCUACCUAGCACUAUGAGGAAAUAAAAUUAAUUCUGUCACUAUUUUAGGCCCGCGGAACUUGAGCAAGAAGCACACAUAACUCCCAACAGAUUGGACUCUUAUUUCUGCAUUUUAAAGUUCUAGUCCCACAACGCACUGCAGACUGGCAGUGUCCAUAUAUUAGGUGCUAAAGAGGCUUCUUAUUUUUAAAAUUCAGGUCCUUCUAUUGAAAAUUGCAUGGGAAUACUCUUUUGUUGCGCAGCAUCGAAAGAAGUAAAGUAGCUCCAGGUGGUGUUGGCGUGAUGCCCUUUCUGAACAGGGACAAACCCAGCUCCACCGGUCCAAACCCAGCAACAGAAGUGAGAUUUUCUUUUCAAAACAGUCUUAAAAGCACCCAUGUCUACUGCUAAAUGGGCAGUCUCCUUCAUGUUCUUACGGAGCAGUACUCUUACCUGAGCCACACUCAACCGUGCAGGCUGCAAGGGAAUCACUUUCUGUUGCUCUUUGUUUCUCAGCCACUCAAUUAAGGCUCGUGAGAUUGUGAGAUGAGCGCAGAGUGUCAUCUUGAAAAAAAUAAAAUCCUUUUUAUUAUCUACAGUGAAUUGUAUUUCUCACUCUUGGCUUCUUUUGUUUUCAACCUCCUUAAAGGUUCUGGGUUCUGUAGCUGGAACUUCUGCACUAAGAUUCUAGGAAAAAGGUUACAUUGUAGUGCUUUGUGAAUAACUGAGUAUAUACUUGUCCAUCAUUAGCAGAAGCUGUCUCUCCUAGUAUAGCGUUGUAUAAGGAAAAAUAUUUACAGGAAGUUCACCUAUAAGGGAAAUGUCUGGGGUCUUCAUCUCAACUGAAGAAGUUCUCUCACAUUUAAGUAAGAGUUUUGAUAUUGUUGUUAGAUUCCCCUUUUUAGACUGAAAACGAAAGCGUUGGAUAUCACUUCCCGGAGCACUGGUUCAGGCAGUCUCUUGAUGGAUCACUUAAGGCACUUUAUUUUAAGAUAUGGAAAAGGGGCAACCCCCUGGAUGUACCUUAGACAAAAGCUAACAUCAGCCUUGCUUGUCAGAUAGUGCCUUUUUAUUUUCAGGUGGUGAAAGCAUCGUUUUAAACUGACAAGGCUGUUUGUAUGGUUACUACGCAUCUUCCUGCUCCCCAAAAAAUUGGCAUUGGAGGGUUAUUUUGUUUUCUCCGUGGGAGUUGACUCUUCCUUAACGUUACCAGCUGCUAGAAUUUAAACAUUCAGAACGGUGCUGUGACUUGCCAUUCAAGAACCGGGAUCUUAUUUAUUUUAUUCUGUCUCAUUAAUCUUUGGCUUCUGUAAUCCUCUCUUCUGUGAGGGAUGUGCACCCAUAGUGAAUGCUUCCCAUUCAGAAAUCCCAGAAGCAUUACUGUGCUCAGGUAGGCUCAUGCCCCAAAUGCAGUUUGUUGUGGGGUUUGGUUUUUGUUUGUUUGUAUGUUUUUCCUUCAAGCCCCACACCGAAAUGAAACGAGAGGGGGGAAAAAAGCCACCACCACAGGUUAUGCACCUUCAAAGACGCACUGGCUCCACCUGCACAGUCUGGGCUCUGUUUUGGGCCCAGAGGCUCAGGAGCCCUCAUAUCCAGGUCUGUCUUCUCAACUGGAGCUGCGCCAGGCGCUGCAGCACCCCCACUGAGCCCAUCUUUGGGAGGGCUGCUUUGUCUGCUCGCGCUGCCCAGCCCCUGCCUCAUCCACAGGGGUCUCUGGCAGUGUUCUGUGAGUCAGAGAGGUGCAGGUAAAUAGGGGCCGUUCCCUCGCUGCCCUUUGGGACCCUGCAGAGGUGGGAUGGUGACCAGCUGGGGAACACAGGGCCAUCUCUGAGCUGAACAAGAGGGAGCAGAGCUCCACAUGUGCGCAAAUGUAUACAUGCUAAGUUGUAAGGCAGCUGUAAGUGCCUUACGAGUUGAGCUUGUGUUUGUCACUGCACUUCAUGUUGGCCACAGCUGUGAGAAUAGAUCUGCGUUAAGCUGAGGUCCCAUGCUGGCACGUUGCAGUGGAAGUUCUGGGCUGGCUUUCUGGAUGCGGCUUCUCUGCCGCAGGUGGUUGGGCGUUGGGCUCGGUGAGCCCCGGGGGUCCCGCACAGCUCGGGAUAUUCUGUAAUUCCGUACAGUUGACAGCUGUUCAGAAGGACUCGGAAACGUUGGCACUUCUGCGCCGGUUCCGGGCCGUUCGCCGUUCGGGACCUUCCUGGCUGUCAGCGGGAGCACGGAGGCUGAAGAACGCGGCGCAGGCCUUCGGCAGGGAGCAUGCGCCGGGCCGCCUGUUUACAGCGCGCUGCCCCGGGCUGCUGCCGCCGGCGGCCGCUCCGGCAGGGGGCGCUCACGGCGCCGGGCGUGCCUGAAGCGGAGCCGCGCGGGGUGCGGCCGUUCCGCGGCGUGGGGCUGCGCGCCGGCAGUACCUCCGGGCGGCGGCCGCUCCGUCCCCCGGCGCCUCCCGGAGCGGGGCUGCGGCGGCGGACGGGGCGGGGCGGGGCGGCGGUACGGCGGCGUGCCCAAAUCGGGAAGCGCCGCCGCCGGGCUCCCGGCGGGACUUUGGCCCCGGCCUUAUCUGCGCCGUGAUUUCUUUUUUUUUUUUUUUUUCCAACCGUAUCGGCGUAGCGCUGUGCAAAUAACGAGCGCUCGUGCUGCCUGCGGACUCGGAAUCUCACGUACUCUGCGAUGGUCGCUUUUGCUCCGGCGCUCCGGAGUCCGAGCGCUGAUGCCGAGUUCCGGCGCGGGCCGUGUCGCUGCCCCUCACAGGGGUACAGAGAGACUGAGAAACCUCCGCCAGAGCCGCGUGCAGACGGGUUGCCGGGAUUUCGCCCUUUUUCAUAAACGAAGACACGGUUCAAUGUGCAAACCUUCCCCUUCUCCAGCUUCUCCAGCUUGCAAUUCCAGGACAUCCCUAGUACAGAUGAAACCGAAAUCCUGUAUCAGCGGCCAUAACCCUGUCAGCAGCAACUCAAAGCCAUUCAAAACGCCCAAAGACAAUCUACUUACCUCCAGUAGCAAACAGCACACAGUCUUUCCUUCAAAAGUUUCGAGGGAUAAACCAUGUGUUCCUGUUCCAGUAGUCAGUCUAGAGAAAAUUCCUAACCUAGUGAAGGCAGAUGGUGCCAAUGUUAAAAUGAAUUCUGCAACCACUACCACCAUCACCUCCUCCUCAGCCUCUUCAUCCACCAUACCUGCUCCAACCUUGGUUAAAUCUGGUUUGACAUCCAAGUCAGUGCCGCCAUCGCCAGAAAAGAUUCUGAACGGCAAAGGAAUUAUAGCUCCAUCAAUAGACAAGAAACACCAAAAUGGCACUAAAAGCAGUAAUAAGCCUUACAAAAGACUUUCAGAAAGAGAAUUUGACCCAAAUAAACACUGUGGAGUACUGGAUCCUGAAACAAAGAAACCUUGCACAAGAUCGCUCACCUGCAAGACUCAUUCACUUAAUCAUCGACGAGCAGUUCCAGGCCGUAAAAAACAGUUUGACAUCCUUCUAGCUGAACACAAAGCUCGAUCCAGGGAAAAAGAAGUCGCAAAAGACAAAGAGCAUCCACCAUCGGCAAGGGAAAGCUAUCAGAGCCAGCCCACACCAGCACAAGACUCUCUGUCAGGAUCUUCAGUGAACUCUGGGCAAGAAUCUAAAGUAACAUCUCCUGCAAAAUCUAGACCACCAAAUUCUGUACUUCCAAGACCGUCAUCUGCAAAUAGCAUAAACAGCAACAGUUCUUCAAACCACAGUGGGUACGUACCAGAACUGCCACUGCCUUCCAUGGGAGGAGAUUUAACUAGUAGAUUGUCCAGUGAUGAAGGAGAAGUGGAUGGAGCUGAAGAAUCUGAGAAAUUAGACUGUCAUUUUUCUGGACACCAUCCCAGACCUCUUGGGUUCUGUUCGUAUGGUAGUCGCUUAAUGGGAAGAGGGUACUAUGUCUUUGACAGAAGAUGGGACCAUUUUCGAUUCGCACUAAACUCCAUGGUAGAAAAACACUUGAAUUCACAGAUGUGGAAGAAAAUCCCUCCUGCGGCAGACAGCCCCAUGCCUUCUCCAGCAGCACACGUCUCCACUCCCUUUCCAGCCUCCGUCUUACAACCCUUCAGCAACCCCAGUGCAGUGUAUAUUCCUUCAACACCUAUCAGCUCAAGAAUCACUUCUUCUUACAUAAUGACAUCAGCCAUGUUAUCAAACGCAGCCUUUGUGACGACAUCAGAUACAAAUUCCAUUAUGUCACACACUACAGCUUUUCCUCACGUGGCUGCAAGCCUAAGUAUCAUGGACUCAACCUUCAAGGCGCCAUCAGCUGUGUCACCAGUGCCAGCAGUCAUCCCUUCCCCAUCCCACAAGCCAUCCAAAACAAAAACCAGCAAAUCCUCAAAAGUAAAAGACUUGUCAUCUCGCAGCGACGAGUCUUCAAGUAACAAAAAGAAGAAGCCGCAGUCGUCGUCAUCCUCGCUAUCUUUGCAGACAUCUUCCUCGUCUUCAUUUUCAGGGUCCCACAAAAAGAACUGUGUCCUGAACACCAGUUCGACUUUGAACUCCUAUCAGGCUACAUCUUCCUAUAACAGUAUGUCUGUGCACAAUACAAACAAUGGAACAAGCCCACUCAGUGCCAAAUUGGAGCCCUCAGGACGGACUUCAUUAUCAAGUAGUUCAACAGACUCAGUGAAACACAUGAGCAUGGUAGUAAGCAGUAUUGACUCUUCUAAUCUGUCUGUACCUUCUCUUGUGCACCACUCAGGGGACCACUCCCUGGGAGCACAUAAUGCAGUGUCUUCUCUACCCCUUUCUUUCGACAAAUCAGAAGGAAAAAAACGUAAAAACUCUAGUUCUAGUAGCAAAGCCUGUAAAAUCACUAAAAUGCCUGGUAUGAAUAGUGUUCAUAGAAAGAGCACUGCCAACCUUAUUUCUGCGGUGCCAGAUCCAACAAGCAGCUCCAUCUCUCGGCAGAUUGGAAAAAAUAGCAGUGUAGCUUUGUCACAAUCCAGUCCUUCGAGUACAUCAAACCCAGUACACAACAGACAAAAGACAUCAAACCGGACUGGUAGAAUAAGGACUCUUCCAUAACACGGAACAGGAACCAGCCUAUAAUCUCUAGCUCUCAGCAGCCCUACUCCACAGGGUUUUUCUUUUCUAUGACCUGCAGAUGGAUUUAACCUUUUAUGAAUUUGUGGUUUUAAAGAGAAUCAAAUUUACAGAAAACUGUAAUAGUGAUUUGUUCGGUUUUUCACUUGUAUUUGCCACUGAUCCGUGCGUUCUGCUUGGUUAUGUUUCAUGCCUUUUCAAGCUGUUAGCGUUGCAAUGCUCCCUUUGUUUCCUUACCUGAAUACGGUGGACAUUCCAAAAACAAAGCAAAUCAAAAAGAUCACGAUUCGAAUUUAUUUAUAGGAUCUCCAAAUUUUUUCGUAGAGUAAAAAUUACAGUAAUUCUGUAUUUCAGCUUGUCCCGUGGAUAACUAUUGAGUGCAUUUCUUCGUGACUCGCAAACAGCUGGGGCACUGCAACCUUAGGGACUAACCCUGCCUGGUGCUCUCUACCUACAGCAUUUAAUGAUUUCAGUGGGAACUCCGAGCGUUCGGCAUCUUCCGGGAUCGACGGAAGCGCAGAGGAUUUUUGCACCAAACUGUAAUGGAUGUUAUCAAAGGCUCAACACGUGAAAUCCCCUUGGAGGAAUUCUAGACCCUUAAGAUAACAGAACUCGAUAACUUCAGUAAACAGUUUGGGUGUGCGAGGACAGGCGUUGAGCAGAUUGGCUUGCGUUAAUAGAAUUGCACUGACAGUGUUUCUUAUAGGAUUACUGAAUAAUUUUUUAAUAAAACGCAGAUUUUAUAAUCGGGAAGCCAAUGCUAGGUACUGGAACAAUAGUACGGAGGAGUUGAUUUUUAUUUCUACAGUGUUAAAAGUGCACUUAUAUGCUGGUUUAUUUACAUCUUGGGGAAAGGCGAGAGACUGCAAAUAGGGAGAUUAUUACUACUUUCUUUUUUAAAAAAAGAAGGCUUAAGGUAAAUUUUAAGACUAAAAAUGUUUAAGCAAUUAUAAGCAAGGCUAGACCCUUUGAAAACAAAGUUUAGAAAUAUUCUUAAAAUAAAUUUUUAUAGUGUUAAUUUUGUAAUAAUUUAUGUUUUGCUAUACUUCAGAGCUAACUGACCGUAUAGUUUCAGAAACAGUAUGAAACUUAGGAAAGUUUAAGCAAUGUUUAUAUUUUUAAGAUGUUCUUUGAAUUAUGUUUUUAUUGUACAUUUCUUCAGACUGAAAAAUGUGUACAUAUCUUUGUUAUUUUUGCACAAUUUUUGUCUCGUUCAGUUUUAGGAGCAGUACUAUGUUGGGUUUUGUUUCUUUUUUUAAUUUAUUUUGAGUUAUAAAGCGCAGGAGUUUAUCAAUCUCAGUAACACAGUCAUCCUCUGUAACCAACGAGCGGCUGUUUCUGGUUGUUGAGGGAAGAGAGUGGUUGUGAGGUGCGGCGGUGAUGGCUUCCAAGAGGCAGCGCUCAGCCGUGGGUGAAGGAGCGCUGUGGGGGUGUUUGGAAGCUUUAAGCUCUUCCCACGCCUCUUGGAAUUGGAAAGCUGGAACACGGAGCCUGUCCUUCGAAUGCUGCUUAAUUGUUUUGUUUCAACCAGCUUACACCUGACAACGCUGGGGAAAGUAAAGCACCGAGUAAAAUCCCACAGUCUUUCAUCGUCAAAUAGUCAUUAUUUAAUUACAAGUAUCGAAAAUUUCAGCCUGAAAAGUGAAAUGGAAGUAAACAUUUGAAUAAAGUGGAUAUAAACUGGACCAGCCUAUAAUGCAUUCUUAGUGUAGCAUUCACUCGGUAGUUCUUUUUUGUUACCCUUUGCCUGAAAAUCUUGUGAUUUGUUUCCAGCAAUAGAGGCUCAGAAGCUUUGGUUGUUACACAUACGCAAUGCAUAGGCCCGUCAGCCAUAAAAAGCGACUUGGAUAACUUGUAUGCCUUCUUUUGUAUCGAUGUAACAAUUGUAAAUAGUGCUGAUCGACCUUUGUAGAGAAUAGUUUAUACAGCAUAUUCUAUUAUUGCUGAUUCUCAGUGAACUAUUGUUUUAAAAAAAAAGAAGAAAAAAAGAAAUUUUUCUAUUUACACCUUAUAUUUUGUUAUGCUGUCGACCCAUGGCACUUUAACAAAACUCUGUGGGUUUUGCAUAGCUGGUCAGUCAUGGGGUAUAUUAAAUAACUGUUGUUGCACAGAAAUGAAUUUGCACCUGCUAUAUUGUGCUUUCCUACUACAGAUUUUAGAACCUUUUCCAGAAGACUUUUGAAGAAAGCAUGUCCAAUCAUUCUAAGAAAGAAAUGCCAUACUUGUACAGCCAAUUUCUUUUCUACAAUCCAUAUUUUGUAACACUAAGUAUUUUCAUUCUUUGUCCUGCACCUUUAUGUAUUAGCAGUAUCAAAUAGAAUCCAUUCCAUGCUUGUGAUAAUUGUAAGCGGAAUAAAUGUCUAAAGUAGGUGUAAAUAGUAAAUUCUAUGGCUUACAGUUUAAAAAAGGAAAACCAGAACAAACAUGUAUCUGAUUGAUACUGCCAUGGUUCAACACCGGGCCUGGAGAUAUUCUCUAGUGAGCGAUUGUAUUUUUGUUUUUUUUUGCUUUAUUAUUAUUAUUAUUUUUGUUUUUUUUUUUUUUUGUAACAUGGCUUUGUAAAUAAAAUAAUUUAUAUGUUUGUAAGAAA